ACUCACCCAUCACAGAAACUCGUUGGAAGAAAAAAAAAAGAUAUUUGGGGAAACAAAACAAAAGGCGAAACCUUUUUUUUCUGGUCUGAAGAUCGAGAAAAGAUUUUUGAAAAUCAAAUUUGGUUUCUUGGGAGAUCGAUUUUAUGUCCGAAACUUUCGUAAGAUAAAUAAGAUCGAUUGUUUAGCGAUCGGCGUGGGUGUCUCUUUUGUAAUAAUGACGCAACAAGGGCAGGGAAGCAUGGACCCUGCCGUUCUCGACGACAUCAUUCGUCGUCUGUUGGAUUACAGAAACCCUAAGCCUGGAACCAAACAGGUCAUGCUCAACGAGUCUGAGAUCCGACAGCUUUGCAUCGUCUCCAGAGAGAUUUUCCUCCAACAGCCUAACCUCCUUGAGCUCGAAGCUCCCAUCAAGAUCUGCGGUGAUAUUCAUGGACAGUACUCAGAUCUGUUGAGGCUAUUUGAGUAUGGAGGUUUACCUCCUGCAGCUAACUAUCUAUUCCUAGGAGAUUACGUGGACCGUGGGAAGCAGAGUCUUGAAACCAUAUGUCUUCUCCUUGCCUACAAGAUCAAAUACCCUGAGAACUUCUUCCUCCUGAGAGGCAACCACGAGUGUGCUUCCAUCAACAGAAUCUACGGAUUCUACGACGAAUGCAAACGUAGGUUCAGCGUGAGGCUCUGGAAAGUGUUUACGGAUUCUUUCAACUGUCUCCCCGUGGCUGCUGUGAUAGACGAUAAGAUACUGUGUAUGCACGGUGGCCUUUCUCCCGAUUUGACCAACGUGGAGCAGAUCAAGAACAUUAAGCGGCCUACCGAUGUUCCCGACUCUGGUUUGCUGUGCGAUCUGCUUUGGUCUGAUCCGAGCAAAGAUGUGAAAGGGUGGGGGAUGAAUGACCGUGGGGUUUCUUACACUUUUGGGCCUGAUAAAGUCGCUGAGUUUUUGAUAAAGAACGAUAUGGAUCUCAUCUGUCGUGCCCACCAGGUUGUAGAGGAUGGUUAUGAGUUCUUUGCCGAUAGACAGCUUGUUACUAUAUUUUCAGCUCCUAAUUACUGUGGUGAAUUCGAUAAUGCUGGUGCUAUGAUGAGUGUUGAUGAGAGUUUAAUGUGCUCUUUCCAAAUUCUUAAGCCUGCGGAUCGGAGGCCUCGGUUCUUGUGAGUUAGUAACGGGAGAGAGAGAGACAUUUGACGCUCCCUGAGACUUUAUCCUGAGGCCUUUGCAAGAAGGCAGGGAAAAAAAACACAUUGUUUACAUGUUAUAUCAUAAUCUUAUUUCAACUCUUGUAAUUUCUUUUUCUCAAAACUUAUCAUCUUCUUAUUCUCUGACUCAUAUUAGACAGUAAACAAAAGUCUGCAAAGUUUUAUUCUUUCAUCCA